AGCCAAUACGCAGUGCGGGAGGUCCGGGGCAGGGGUGGCGGGAAGGCGCCGCGAUGGCGGGCCGGCGCGGCGCGCUCAUUGUGCUGGAGGGCGUGGACCGCGCGGGGAAAAGCACCCAGAGCCGCAAGCUGGUGGACGCACUGUGCGCCGAGGGGCACCGCGCCGAGCUGCUGCGCUUCCCCGAAAGAUCAACUGAAAUUGGCAAGCUGCUCAGCUCCUACUUGGAGAAGAAAAGUGAGGUGGAGGAUCACUCGGUGCACCUUCUCUUCUCCGCGAACCGCUGGGAGCACGUAAUUUCUCCCUGGACUGGUGUAAGCAGCCGGACGUGGGCCUCCCCAAGCCCGACCUGGUCGUCUUCCUGCAGCUGCAGCUCGCAGAGGCCGCGGCGCGGGGCGAGUUUGGCCGCGAGCGCUACGAGAGUGGCCCCUUCCAGCAGCGCGCCCUGCAGCGCUUCCAGCAGCUCCUGGCAGACCCGAGUCUGCCCUGGAAGAUGGUCAACGCCUCCAGAAGCAUCGAGGACGUCCACCGGGAGAUCCGCGCGCUGUCUGAGGACGCCAUCCAGGCUGCCGCACACAGGCCCCUGGGGCAGCUGUGGGCGUAGGAGGCUGGCCCCCUGUGCCCCAGAGACGCUUGUAAUCACUGUGCUUUCCUCGCCGAGGUCUCACAGCUGCUUCCAGAGGUCCUAUCGGGGCCGCUGAAACCCUCAGCGUGUCCUCAGGCAUCAUCAAUAAAGACAGAUGGAGACAGCAGUGGCAGCUGGGGGCCCCUGUGCUGUCGGCCUGGCCUGGCCGCACCUGGGCUGAGUGCCAGCCCCGUGUCUUAGUUUGCGGGGCCCGGCCCGGCUGUGUCAGGGCAGCAUCUGUCUCAUCUGAAUGCAUCUGGCA